AAAACAAUAAUAUAUAUAUCCCUUCUUGCUUUCUAUUUCCAAAAAGACGAAACAUUCUAUAGUUGGUUACGGUAUUUACAUACGGUGAUUGAUCAGGUGAACGGACGGUGGUGGAGGUGGUGGUUUGAGAAAUCGUUGAUCAGGUUAGGUGAGAUCUAAUGGCAGAGGAUAAGUAUAAUUUGAAAAAUCCAGCGGUGAAGAGGAUCUUGCAGGAGGUUAAAGAGAUGCAAUCUAAUCCUUCUGAUGAUUUCAUGAGCAUGCCUUUGGAGGAGAAUAUAUUUGAAUGGCAAUUUGCAAUUAGGGGACCAUGUGAUACUGAAUUUGAAGGUGGGAUUUAUCACGGGAGGAUUCAAUUGCCGUCAGAAUAUCCAUUCAAGCCUCCUUCAUUUUUGUUGUUGACUCCAAAUGGCCGUUUUGAGACCCAGACAAAGAUAUGCUUAAGCAUAUCCAACCAUCAUCCUGAGCAUUGGCAGCCGUCAUGGAGUGUACGAACAGCUCUAGUAGCUCUUAUUGCAUUCAUGCCUACCAAUCCAAAUGGUGCAUUGGGCUCACUAGACUACAAGAAGGAAGAGAGGCGUGCUCUGGCUAUCAAAUCUCGUGAAGCAGCCCCUAGAUUUGGGACUCCUGAGCGUCAAAAGCUCAUAGAUGAGAUUCAUCAAUAUAUGCUGAGCAAGGCACCACCUGUUCCUCAGCUAAGCCCCUCUCAGGAUUCUGAAGAACACCAUACUGGCAAAGAGGAUGAAGCCCACGCAAUUUUGCAAGAACAAGGAGCCGUAGCUGCAAAUCUUCCAAAUCUGGCAGUUAGUGAACAACUAGCUGUCGGUGAUAGGAUUGUUGAAGAAGUUCCUGAGGCUCCUGUGAAUGUGAAUCCUGGUGCUACAGGAGUGAGAACAUCGACGGAGAUUCCUGCUAGAGCGUCAAGUGAUCAGCUGCUGCAUAGGCCAGAGACAAGGGUUCAAAGACCAGCUGAUGAUCGCUUGUUCACAUGGGCUGCUGUUGGACUAACCAUUGCCAUUGUGGUUCUUUUGCUGAAAAAGUUUCUGAAGUCCAGUGGACACGGGGCAGUUUUCAUGGAUGGAGGAUCAUAAGGCAAGUAGUACUCAUGUCGAUUGGGACAGUUUGUGUUCUAUGUUAUUCUUAGGGAGGAAAAACAAAACCAAAGCGGAUCAAGAGAGAAUUUCUGCCUAGAUUUUUAUCUAGAUCGGUAUAAUUUGUAAUAUAUUAUAAUCCUCUUGGCAAUACUCAAUUAUUGUAUUUUAUAACUUAGAUGAGCAACUUGUUUACAUUUGGGAACAUGGUUACAAGUUUGUAAGUAAUUCCUAUAUGUCUUUAUCUUUGUUCAAGAUGUUCUAUAGUUCGAAUUGUGAAAGGGCGUGUGAGGCUAUUGUAAUUGUACAAGCAUAGGCAUUUUCGUUUA